CAAAAAAUGCAUAUGAAAUGUUUGUUAUUAAUUCUCACCGAAACAAGUAUAAUUCGUAACACGUGACCGUUUGUUAUCCAUUAUCUUUGUUUCUCGAAAAAAAAAAAAAAAAGAAUCCGUCAACUUGCGUAUUUCAUUCAAUUGAAUUUCAGUUUUGUUGUCUUUGCUUGAAUAGAAAAUGGCGAACGAUGAUUUGAGAUUCUUUGAAUUGAACACAGGAGCUAAGAUACCUUCUGUUGGUUUAGGCACUUGGCUCGCUGCACCUCGUGUUGUUUUUGAUGCUAUUUCUAAUGCUGUCAAUGUUGGAUAUCGCCAUAUUGAUUGUGCUCAAAUUUAUGGCAAUGAAAAGGAGAUUGGUGAUGCCUUGAAGAAGUUGUUUGAUGAUGGAGUAGUUAAGCGUGAAGAUAUGUGGAUCACCUCCAAGCUAUGGUGUACCGAUCACUUGCCAAAAGAUGUUCCAAAGGCAUUCGAUAGAACUUUACGUGAUUUGCAGCUGGACUAUCUUGAUCUCUACCUUAUUCACUGGCCAGUCAGCAUGAAAAAUGGACAUCUUACAAAACCCGACAUACCGAGCACAUGGAAAGCAAUGGAAACACUCUACAAUUCUGGCAAGGCUAGAUCUAUAGGAGUCAGCAAUUUCUCUGUAAAGAAGCUUCAGGAUCUGUUGGAUGUGGCAAAUGUUCCUCCAUCUGUUAACCAAGUUGAAUUGCAUCCUUCAUUGCAGCAGCCAAACUUACAUGCUUUCUGUAAAUCCAAGGGAGUGCACUUAUCUGGUUAUUCUCCAUUAGGUAAAGGACAUGAGAGUAAUAUUCUUCAAAAUCGAGUUCUGCACACGAUUGCUGAGAAGUUAGGGAAGACUUCGGCACAGAUAGCCCUUCGAUGGGGACUACAAAUGGGUCACAGUGUACUUCCAAAGAGCACAAAUACGACAAGGAUCAAAGAAAACAUUGAUCUGUUUGACUGGUCUAUACCAGAAGAUUUGUUACCUAACUUCAAUGAAAUUGAGCAGGAAAGAGUAGUUCCUGGAAGAGAAUUUGUUAGCAAGACAUCUCCUGGGUACAAAACAAUUGAAGAACUCUGGGAUGGUGAGUAAGAGACAGAUUUCACCUGGGUACAAAACAGUUGAAGAACUCUGGGAUGGUGAGUAAGAGACAGAUUCCAUAUUGGCCACUGCUUUUCUCUUGUUGAAUGCAGAAUGAGCUGACUUUUUUGUGACUGUUGUAAUAAUUUAUUUAGAAUGUAUUCUUAUAAGUUGGGAAUUAAGUUGUGUUAUUGAAGAUUUGGUCUUUGUGUUUAAUAAUAGAUUUGGGAUUAAGCUGUUUGGGUUCUGGAAUAUCUUAUUCCUCAUUGGAAUAGUUACGAUGUGUUUAUCUAAGUUUGGAUUUUCCUUGUAGGAAUAGUUAAUGUCAUGUCCUAUGGAUGUUAUAGCAUAUCCUUUAAGUAUUAAGAAGUUUAGUUGCGAUA